UCUGUAUUGUCCCAAACAGCACCAUCAAGCAUUCCUCGGAAAUUCAGCUGAAGGAGAACAACUAGAAACUCUGUAAAUCUUUUCAUAGUUCAAAGACAGAAGAGAUUUGGGUAAAGAUACUGUGUUUGAUAAGUACUCCUCUGUUAGCAUUGGCAAGAAUUGCCAGGCAUUUUCAAUUUCUGAUAUCCUUUUGUACACAAAUCACAAUCAUGAAUGCUGAGUAUGUCUUAUGCCAGUGGAAUGACCAGUUAUGGCCUGCAAAAGUUUUGUCCGUAACUGAGAUUACAUCAGAUAGUAAAAGAAAAAGGUCAUUUUCCCUCGAGGUUCAAAUACUACUACUAGGUAAAAAAAUUAAAGUGGAAAGCACUGAAACAAAGGUACUAAAUACAUCUCUGAUUGAAUCCAUUUUAUCCUCACUACCUAGAGAGGAAACAGUUUAUGAAAGGUCACUAAAAGUGGCACUGAAUAUUCUGAAUGAGAAACAAGAUUUGAUUCAACUAAGCAGUUCAGAUGAAGAAGAGACCACUACACUGUCUGGAAAUAUGCCACAAAGGUUUUCUAAUUUACCCCCUCCUACAAAAUAUCAGAAGCGAGAAAAUGAAAAUUCACCAUGCCUGUUAGAAAACGGUAACUCCCUUUGUGAUGACAAAUCACAGGUGUCCUCAGUCUUUGAUACUAAUGCAACUGAAAUGGAAAUAAAAACAUCAUCAAACUCCAAUUGGAAUACUUCCUCUUUACCUUCUGAAGAAGAUGAUGAUGAUGAUAAAAAGGAGAGUAAGAUAAAGACUGACAUGCCAUCAAACAUAUAUUAUUCUUCCACAAUGAAAGAGGAGGAGAAUUUUGUUAAAGAGGAAAAAUUCUCUCCAAUGCCAUCAGAUAUAGUCAUUGUGCCCAAAAAUUGGAAAAAAGAGGCACAGGACAUCUCCUUAAAGACCCUGGCUCUUUCAACUGACGGCUCUAACUUUCCUGAUAAUAUUGAAGAUCCUGGAGAGGGUCCUUCAAAUCCAUGCUCGAUGGUCCGCCAUUAUCAACGUCUGGUGAAUUCAGAGCCAGACACUGUAGGAUCCCAAAGUUCAAGGGAGGGUCAGUUUACAUCAAGUGCCUUAAACAAUGACCCAGGAAAUUCACCCCUGCUGAAUAAUCAAAGAAAUUUGCAGGGGAUGAAUUUGGAGGAAGUUGGGGGACAACUUCAAGCAUCUGACAAACCAGGGCAUCGAAGUCGUCUUGAUCCUUCCAUAUUCAAUGAAACUGAAGAAGAAGAAGAACUUCCACGCUUAAUUCUUAAUUAUGAGUCGCGAGCAUUUGAAGUAGGAAUGAUUGUCUGGUUUAAAUUCCAAAAAUAUCCAUAUUGGCCGGCAGUAAUAAAAAGUAUCAGGCGAAAGGAGAGAAAAGCAAGUUUACUAUUUAUCGAGAUAAACAUGAAUCCUAAAAACAAAGGUAUGAGGGUAUCUUUUAGAAGAUUAAAGAAAUAUGAUUGUAAAGAAAAACAUGAAUUUGUGGAAAAAGCCAGGGAGGAAUACUGUGAAAGUAUUGAUUGGUGCCUGUCACUGAUCUGUGACUAUCGAGUUAAACUAGGUUGUCAUUCUUUCAGAGGCUCUUUCUUUGAGUAUUAUGCAGCUGACAUUAGUUAUCCACUUCGGAAAGCAACCAAGCUGGAUACUUUCAGAAACAAAUUUCCACAGCUUCAUAAAGAACAUUCCAUGGAAACACUGGUUGUGACUCCCCAAGCCAAGAGAAAAUCUCUUCAGAAAAUUCUACCUGACAGAAUGAAGUCUGCACGGGAUAGAGCAAAUAAGAACCUGCUAGAAUUUAUUGUGAAUGAGAAAGGAACUGAUAGCCAUCUUCUAGGCAUUCUUAAUGGCACAAAAGGGUCCAGGUGGCUAACAACAUUUUUUCAGGCCAACAGUUACGCACCCUGUAUUGAAACAUACUUUGAAGAUGAAGAUCAGUUGGAUGAGGUAGUGAAUUACUUGCAAGAAAUCUACAAACAAAUAGAUCAGAAAAUGCUGAGUCUGAUAAAAGACGACAAGAUCAGAUUUAUCUUGGAAGUUCUUCUGCCAGAAGCAAUCAUUUGUUCAAUUUCUGCUGUUGAUGGAUUAGAUUACAAGACAGCCCAAGCGAAGUAUCUAAAAGGACCAGCUCUAGGAUACAGGGAAAGAGAAUUAUUCGAUGCAAAAAUAUUAACAGAAAAGAGACAGAGACGGAGACCAGCAACAAAUGAAGAUCACUAAGUCUUUUAAGGCUCCAAUCAUAACAGAGCUUCAGCUUGCACAGAUAUUUUUUAAAACAAAAUAUCUGAAGAUUUCUCCCUAACAAGUUUUCCAGAAAUAAAAGUCUUUGGAUAAAGUUUUCACUUUUUUUACAUAUCUAGAAUUUGUUAGAUACAUAUUCAUUUCCUUUUUAUGCUUCUUCAGUCAUUCAAUUAACAUUUCAACAUUACCAUACCUUUUUAGAACACAAUCACUAAAUGAUUUUUAAGGAAAAAUACUAUUUUGCUUUUUGACAUUUUUGUGGCUUUGCUCUAUAUUAAAUACAGUGUACACAAUCAUUUUAAUAUUAAACUUGCACUAGUAUUAGAUAUGAAGCAAGAUGAUUAAAAAUAACUUUU